AUGGCAACUACGAACCCUUUUGAUCUUCUGGUUGACGAUGACAAUGAUGAUCUGAGUCAACUAGUCGCUGCUCAGCAGCAGAAGCUUCCCUUGGCGGCGAAGAAAGCCCCAGCUCCGGCUCAGUCGGCUCAGGCGGCGAAGUUGCCCUCAAAGCCUCUCCCUCCAGCGCAGGCCGUGAGGGAGGCGAAGAAUGAAGGUGCUCGAGGAGGGAGCCGUGGUGGUGGUGGUCGUGGAUAUGGGCGUGGGCGUGGUGGUGGUGGAUUUAAUCGUGAUUCAUCGAAUAGAGAGAAUACUUUAGGUGGUAAUAAUGGGUUUUCUGGAGGGUACAAACCUACUGAAGAUGGAGAUGGUGAAAAGCCUUCCGAAAGACGCAGAUAUGGUGGACCUCAUGGUGGCUUUCGGGUGCACGCCGGGGGGGGCUUUGGCAAUGGAGAAGUUGCUGAAGAGGAACACCCUAGGAGGAUGUAUGAUCGCCGUAGUGGGACUGGACGUGGGAAUGAAGUUAAGCGAGAAGGUGCUGGUCGUGGGAAUUGGGGAACUCCCACUGAUGAAAUUGCUCCGGAAAAUGAAGAACCUGUCAAGGAAAAUGAGAAGACGGUGGAUGCUGAAAAACAAUUGGGAAUGGAAGAUGCUGGUGAUGCCAGCAAGGAGAGUCCUGUGAAUGAGCCUGAAGCAAAAGAGCCUGAAGAGAAGCAGACCCUGCUUUAA